GUGUAUUUCAAGAAUCUUUCAAGACAGAAGCAAAAGGAAGUAAUGGAGAAGAAUGGAAACAACCACAAACUUCGUGUUUGUGUUGCUACUUGCAACCGUGCUGAUUAUUCAAAAUUAGCUCCUAUUAUGUUUGGUAUUAAAGCAGAACCACAGUUCUUUGAGCUUGAUGUUGUAGUGCUCGGUUCCCACCUGAUCGAUGAUUAUGGCAACACCUACCGUAUGAUUGAGCAGGAUGACUUCGAUAUUCACACGAGGCUGCACACCAUCGUGAGAGGGGAGGACGAGGCCGCCAUGGUGGAGUCGGUGGGCCUUGCCUUGGUCAAGCUGCCCGACGUCCUGAACCGCCUGAAGCCCGACAUAAUGAUAGUCCACGGGGACAGAUUUGACGCGCUGGCCCUGGCCACCUCCGCCGCCCUGAUGAAUAUCCGCAUCCUUCACAUUGAAGGUGGGGAAGUCAGUGGGACCAUUGAUGACUCUAUCAGACACGCUAUAACCAAACUGGCCCAUUACCAUGUGUGCUGCACGAGGAGUGCAGAGCAGCAUUUGAUAGCCAUGUGUGAAGACCAUGACCGCAUCCUUUUAGCAGGCUGCCCCUCAUAUGACAAGCUUCUCUCUGCCAAAAAUAAGGACUACAUGAGUAUUAUACGCAUGUGGCUAGGUGAAGAUGUCAAAACCAGAGAUUACAUCGUUGCUCUGCAACAUCCUGUAACCACAGAUAUUAAACAUUCCAUAAAGAUGUUUGAACUGACACUAGAUGCACUCAUCUCCUUCAACAAGAGAACGCUUGUUCUAUUCCCUAACGUGGAUGCAGGGAGCAAAGAGAUGGUUCGGGUGAUGAGGAAGAAGGGCAUUGAACAUCAUCCCAAUUUUCGGGCAGUAAAGCAUGUCCCAUUUGACCAGUUCAUUCAGCUUGUGGCUCAUGCUGGCUGUAUGAUUGGCAACAGCAGUUGUGGUGUCAGAGAGGUGGGAGCGUUUGGUACACCUGUCAUCAACCUGGGGACACGUCAGACAGGAAGAGAAACAGGUGAGAAUGUUCUUCACGUUCGUGAUGCUGAUACACAGGAUAAGAUCCUGCAUGCUCUACAGCUGCAGUUUGGUAAACAGUAUCCAUGCUCAAAAAUAUAUGGAGAUGGUAAUGCUGUUCCAAGGAUUUUGAAGUUCCUUAAAUCUAUUGACCUCAAGGAGCCAUUGCAAAAGAAAUUCUGUUUUCCUCCUGUCAAAGAUAAUAUCUCUCAAGAUAUUGACCAUAUUCUAGAGACACAGAGUGCUCUGGCUGUGGAUCUAGGUGGAACAAAUCUCCGCGUAGCAAUUGUCAGUAUGAAGGGUGAAAUAGUUAAGAGAUAUACCCAGCUCAACCCUAAAACUUACGAAGACAGACUAGAAUUAAUCCUAAAGAUGUGCAUAGAGGCUGCAUCAGAGGCAGUAAAUGUGAACUGCAGAAUUUUGGGAGUAGGUAUUUCCACAGGUGGACGGGUAAACCCCCGAGAAGGAAUUGUGCUUCACUCUACAAAACUCAUUCAGGAGUGGAGCUCUGUGGAUCUCAGAACACCAAUAUCUGAUGCUCUGCACCUGCCAGUCUGGGUGGACAAUGAUGGGAACUGUGCUGCUCUAGCAGAGAGGAAAUUUGGUCAUGGAAAAGGAAUAGAAAAUUUUGUAACACUCAUUACGGGUACAGGAAUUGGAGGUGGAAUUGUUCAUCAACACGAAUUGAUCCAUGGCAGCUCUUUCUGUGCUGCUGAGCUUGGGCAUAUUGUUGUAUCUUUAGAUGGACCAGAAUGCCUGUGUGGUAGCCAAGGAUGUAUAGAAGCCUAUGCCUCUGGAACAGCUUUACAGAGAGAAGCUAAGAAACUGCACGAUGAGGAUCUGCUGUUAGUAGAGGGAAUGUCAAUGAAGGAGGAGGAGAUUGUUAGUGCUGCACAUCUCAUUCAAGCAGCUAAACUUGGGAACACAAAAGCAGAGAGCAUUCUCAGAACAGCUGGGACAGCAUUAGGUCUGGGAGUUGUGAACAUUCUGCACACGGUGAACCCCUCUCUUGUAAUCCUCUCUGGAGUCCUAGCCAGCCACUACGUUAAUGCUGUCAAAGAUGUGAUAAAUCGCCAGGCCCUGUCCUCUGUCAAAACUGUGGAUGUGGUGGUCUCAAACCUAGCAGAUCCUGCUCUUCUUGGUGCUGCCAGCUUGGUACUGGACUAUACCACACGUAGAAUAUACUAGUUACCUGGAAGAAUUUAUAGAAAUGGACUGCUCAAAUUCUUAAUGGGUGAUGGGGAUAAUUGCCAAAAAUUUUUCUUUUGUGAGAGCAGCUAUUGAGAGUAGUGUUCUGAGUAGUCAGUGAUUACUUGAGCAUUUCCUAACUGAGGUAUCGUCUUUUUGUAUUUUUCCUAAAUUUCAUCUGACUUUGUAGGAAUUAAUGUGCAAUUCUGUUGGUUUUAAUCAUCUCCGUUGGUAAGCCUGUAUGUUGCUUUAACUGUAGCUAAAUUAUUUAUGAGUGUGUCUUGAUGUAUGUGGGGAAUUGCGUAUGGUGUGUCAAAUUAUAGCUAACACUUGAGGGUCCAUAUCUCAUUUCCUACCUGUGUAAAAUGAGAAGUCUGCCCUGUGACCAGCUUUUUAGUUUCCGAGCUUCCACCUGCAAAGUAAAUGUGAUAUAAUCACCAGCAGCAGGGAGUAAUUUCAGUGGGUGGAAAUGAGGGAAGUCGCCUUUGCAGUCAGAAGGGCUGCAUCUAGCAGUCAUGGUACCUGAAGGACUCGGUGGACAGUUAUCGAUUACCUCCCCUUUAGAGGGCGGAGCCCCAAUUCAGAAGCUCU